AGGUUUUAAGCUACGAAACUUGCAGGAUGUUUUAAUGGUAUAAAGACCUUAUAUGCCAAAAAAUCAAGGCAAAUUUGUUUUCUCAUGUCAUGACCCCUUUAAAAGAUCGAGUGCAGUAAAGCGCGCGUUCUCUGGCGCCGCGCGCCGGCGAGCCGCGGGACUGCGUCAGUCUUUGUGCCGCCGCCAUCUUGACCAGGAUCCGGAUAAUCAGCACCUGAACACACUGAUUUACAGCAAACACACGCGACUACAGAGCGGCGAUGGCCACUGCACCCUACAACUACUCCUACAUCUUCAAGUACAUCAUCAUCGGAGACAUGGGCGUCGGGAAGUCCUGCUUGCUGCACCAGUUCACAGAGAAGAAGUUCAUGGCCGACUGUCCGCACACCAUCGGCGUGGAGUUCGGCACCAGGAUCAUCGAGGUGAGCGGUCAGAAGAUCAAGCUGCAGAUCUGGGACACGGCGGGUCAGGAGCGCUUCAGAGCCGUCACGCGCAGCUACUACAGAGGAGCGGCCGGAGCGCUGAUGGUCUACGACAUCACCAGGAGAAGCACAUACAACCACCUCAGCAGCUGGCUGACCGACGCCAGGAACCUCACCAACCCCAAUACUGUCAUCAUUCUCAUAGGAAACAAAGCGGAUCUGGAAGCGCAGCGAGACGUGACGUAUGAAGAGGCUAAGCAGUUCGCCGAAGAGAACGGUCUGCUGUUCCUGGAGGCCAGCGCUAAAACAGGAGAGAAUGUGGAAGACGCGUUCCUGGAAGCAGCUAAGAAGAUCUAUCAGAACAUCCAAGACGGCAGUCUGGAUCUGAACGCGGCCGAGUCAGGCGUGCAGCACAAACCGUCGGCGCCGCAGGGCGGGCGGCUCACCAGCGAACCACAGCCGCAGAGGGAAGGGUGUGGCUGUUAAUGACCUUCAUCCUCCACCCUCCUCCUCCUCCAUCACACACUCGGCCGUCCCAGAGAGGGGAGGAUCACGGCUACAUGCGCUUAUUCCCUCCUCCCUUCUCUCUCUUCAUCUGUCCGUCCUCACUCUCUCUGGUCGGUGUGUUCUUACAUUCCCAUCAUCCUCUGACCGCAUUAACCGCUGCUCAUCACGUCACACUUCUGUUCAGCCUCUUUUUAUUGAUGCGUUUUAUAGCUCAACAAUGUGAUGUCACAGAAACGAGACCCAGCUUGCAUUAGGAUCGUAUUGAGAACAUCAAAUGCGUUUCUGCUGCCAUUUUUCCACCCGUAUGAGAGCCGAAGUGGUUUGUGACGUGUUCAAGGCUGUCAAAGUGCGCAGGAGAACCGUUCUGUUGGGGUCAGACGCCCGUCUAAUGCUCCUGCUGCUAAAGAGCACAGGUCGAGGGUGCAGAAUAAUGCAUUGCAUUUUUAAAUGCACCUGUGUUCAGAAUAAUGCAUUGCAUUUUUAAAUGCACCUGUGUUCAGAAUAAUGCAUUGCAUUUUUAAAUGCACCUGUGCUCAGAAUAAUGCAUUGCAUCUGUAAACGUGCAGUGGUUGCACUGAUCCCAGAUUUAAAACCGAAAGAAAGUCUCCUGUUGCGAACUCACAAUCACGUGCAUGUCGACAUGCGAGCGCAUGCAUGAGUGCGAGUCAGUUUGGGUCGGACAGCUUUAUCAAUCAAAGACACUUUAUGGAAAGACUGAUUCUUCCAUCGCUCCUCUUCUGUCCCUUCAUCAUAUCAAUAUACAUUCAUCUGUCCUCACCACCAUUAUUUCAUGUUGCCUUAUUGUUAUUCAUUCAUCUUAAUAUUAUUACUAUCACCGUUUAAUCUCGACUAGCUCAACAUACAGUUUGGACUCGAGUUAAACAAACGGUUUUACAACACUGCUACUGUUUUUGUAUAGAAACGGCUCCAGUUGUGUAGGCUGUACAGUCAACAUCAGUGCAUCAGCUUGUAUAUUAACAGCACCACGCACAGCUUCUUCUGAAGCAGCAUCUGUGUCUUAACUCAGUGUAUGUACCAUAUGAAAUCGGAUCUGCUGUACAUAAGGCUGUAUCUGUUGGUGAUGAAACACAGCACUGACGCCUCACUCAAACUCACACGUCCGGCUGAAGAGACGCGAGGCAAAUUCUCCUACAGAAAGUCUUACAGAUGGAGAUCAGAUCUUGACAGAUCUAGUCCUUUUGAACUGUGUGAAUGACCUCUUCUCGCUGUUCACAUGAGUAAAAACAGUACAUAUGUAUAAACUUUGAAGGAGCUGUGCUAACGUUUGAAAAAUCUGUUUAUGUGUGUAUGUGAUUUUAAAAUGUUGACAUUUUGAUUUUAAUGAUGACAAUAAAAA